AUGGGCCUGGAAUGGCCUGUGGCUGCCAAAAGUCUGACCCUGGAGGUAAUAAUCCAUCUGAUUGAGUUCGGCAAGAUCAAAGCAGUUGCCAUGCUGUCGACCACAGGCCGAGCGGGGAAGGAAGCGGUGACAUGCGUGCUGUCGCCAGACAGAAUCGCUGCCAUCAAGAUGUGGCGAGAGGUCAUUUGGUCCGCACAGCUACCAGUGCUGCAGCGUGCGGUCGAGGCAGCCGUUUGUGGCUUGCCUCCCUUGGCCUUGGCCGUGCGAGUCUCUUUGCUGGACGCCUUCGGCGAGGUGGCCAACCGUCGCAACCUGUGCCCCUGGCGAGUGCGUGCCAUUUGCUUCACGCGCGCCAGUGAGGCCGAGGGUGAGGCACGCGAGGUGCCUCGACGUGCCAUGGUGCGCUUCGACUUCCGAUGCCCCCGCAGGCACGGCUUGCUGCAACCCGUUCGCGAUAUCCCGGUAGCUUACAGACUCCGGAGCGGCACUGAUGACCUCAUGUUGCUCUGCAGCCACUGUGGGCGAGAUCAGAUUGAAGAGGAUCAAAUGAUUUUACACUGUCCAAGAUUUGGCUGUUGCUAUGACCUUUGCUUGAGGUGCGCUGAGGUCCUCGGCCUAGGGAAAGCUUGCGCAGUUGGAUGCCUAUCUAUCUUUUUCGUGCUCGGAGGCGCUGGUGACACACCGCCGGACCGACAACGUUGCUGUAAGUAG